ACGUUGAUUCUAACUCUUUCUAGUUCGACGAGUAGUAUUAAUACUAGUAGACUUCUUGUUGUAUGGUGGAGCUAGGGCUGAAAAUUUGAGUAACACAACGCCACACAGACAAAGGGUGAGGGUGAAGCAGAGGAAGAAUGCUGACCGGAGAUAUACCCCCAAAUCAAACCAUUUACAUUAAGAACCUCAACGAGAAGGUUAAAAAAGAAGAGUUGAAGAGAUCUCUGUAUGCAUUGUUUUCGCAGUAUGGGAGGAUCCUGGACAUUGUUGCCCUGAAAACAACCAAACUUCGAGGGCAGGCUUGGGUUGUAUUUAGUGAAGUGACCGCUGCCAGCAACGCAGUGCGCCAGAUGCAAAAUUUUCCAUUUUACGAUAAGCCUAUGCGGAUCCAGUAUGCAAAAACAAAAUCAGAUUGUAUUGCUAGAGCCGAGGGUACUUAUGACAAGAAAAAGAAGCAAGAAGAGAAAGCUGAAAGAAAGAGACGUGUUGAAGAAGCUCAACAAAAUGCUACUCCUAAUGGUCCAAGAGCUGAGAGCAAUGGUGGCCCAGCUGCUUCCUCUCGUCCAGGACGGCCGAGUGGUCAAGAAGCCGUUACUGAUCCGAACAACAUACUCUUCAUACAGAAUCUACCAUACGAGACAACAAGCAUGAUGCUGGAUGUCCUUUUCAAACAAUACCCUGGUUUUAGGGAAGUUCGAAUGAUCGAGGCAAAACCAGGUAUAGCCUUCGUAGAAUUUGAAGAUGAUAUACAAUCUUCAGUUGCCAUGCAGGCACUUCAGGGCUUCAAAAUUACCCCCCAGAAUCCUAUGGCAAUCAGCUAUGCGAAAAAAUGAUUGAUCUAAUGUCUUAGGUGACUUAGCGCAUUUUACACCGUUUGCUUGGGUUAAACUGAGGAAUUGCAAUAGUUCUAUAUUUGGAUGUAAUGUAUUCUAUGAGAAUUGUUGAUUUACAGCACAGUUUUGCUUGUUCGGGUAACUAUUUCUCCAAUUCUGGUCUCGCUACUUGUGUAAAAAUAUUAAUUAGUCCACAGCGGUUUGUUGGAACA